AGGAAAGCUUUUUCAGAAUCGUCAUUAUUACUAGUAUCGACUGAUGGUGACUCAACGUUUGCUAGAAAAUCGCGUGACCAGUUAUCAAUUGUCACCUCCGCCUCGAUAUAAGAACGGAGUUGCGCGUUCCUCAUCUGUCCCACUGAACAUCCUCAUCUUUUUAACAGAGUUGAGACUCAGACUUGAUGAGAUGAAGCCGUAUGCAGAGGAGAAAGCUGGAAAGAAGUUUGACGUUUUUGCUGCCAAAACAUUCACAACACAAGUUGUGGCUGGGACCAACUUCUUCAUUAAAGUCCAUGUUGGUGGAGAUGAAUUUGUGCACCUGCGGGUCCAUAGAACUCUACCCCACGCUGGUGGGAAACUGGAGCUUCAUGGCGUACAGACUCCCAAAGCUCACCAUGACCCCAUUGGUUUUUUCUGAUUACCUGUAACUCCCUGCAGGGGAUGCCACACCUCUACUCCAUGCCUGGAUCAUGUGUACCCUUGUUUAUGGUCACCUGUAUUGUGUACUUCUGUUGGUAAAUGUCUGUCUUUUGUGCUAAAAGCUGUCUACACCUUUGACUAAAUGGCUUUUGUUAGAACAUAAAUACAAAUUUGACAGCA